AAUAAUAGAGAUGAAACGACAAGAAGGUUGACUACAAGUCUUGCGGGAGUUUGUAAGUCUUGAAGACUUGAACUUUUAUGUAUGUGGUUGUGAGCCAACGUAUUUCCAUUAUUUCAUUUAAGUUUCAUUUCCUCAACAAGAAUAAUAAAUUUUGCAUUUAAGUCGUCUCAUAUAUUCACUUCCCUGGAAAUUUGAGAAGCACGAAAAGCUUUAAGCCAAAAAAAAAAAAGAGAAGCAUGAGAUUGUUUCUUUUAUUUUCUUGCAGUGCUAUCAUGUUACUUGAAGCAUAUCGUUUUACCGAUGAAACUGAUAUGAAAGCAUUGCUGGACGUCAAAUCUCAAGUUUUUGAAAACAAGCAAGUUGCCUUGUCCUCAUGGAAUAACUCAAUCCCUCUCUGCAAGUGGAAAGGAGUUACAUGCGGCCUCAAGCACAAGAGAGUUACUCGUUUGGACCUCGCAGGGUUUCAAUUGGGAGGGAUGAUAUCACCAUCUAUUGGUAAUCUUUCGUUUCUCAUAUUACUCGAUCUCUCUAAUAACUCUUUUGCUGGAACCAUCCCUAGCGAAGUAGGAAACUUGUUUAGACUUCAUUACUUGGAUGUGGGCCUUAAUGUUCUGGGAGGAAGGAUUCCAAUCAGCUUAGUUAACUGCUCUAGAUUGUUGAACCUUUAUUUAUAUUCAAAUAAUCUUGAAGGAAGUGUUCCUUCUGAGCUAGGGUCAUUGACGAAGCUUGUCAAUCUGAGUCUUGCUAUAAACAACUUGAAAGGGAAGCUUCCUGCAUCUCUUGGAAACUUGACAUCACUAAUAAGACUUAGCUUGAGGUCUAACAGGAUAGAAGGAGAAAUUCCUGGCGAAAUAGCUAGAUUGAAUCAAAUGAUCCUUCUUAAUUUAGAAACGAACAAGUUCUCUGCUGGUUUUCCUCUCGCAAUAUACAAUUUAUCCUCACUUAAGUUCUUAUACCUAAACUAUAAUCAUUUCUCGGGUUGCUUGAGAAGUGACUUUGGCAAACUGCUACCAAAUCUACAAAACUUAAAUAUGGAUGGUAAUUAUUUCAGAGGAGUCAUUCCAGCAACUCUUGCCAAUAUCUCGAAUCUUCAAAAGUUCGCAAUCACUAAUAACAACCUAACUGGAAGUAUUCCUUCGGGCCUUGGGAAAUUACGCAAUUUGCGAUUUUUGUCACUUGUUAAUAAUUUUUUGGGAGGUCACUCUUUUGGAGAUCUUGAAUUCCUCGGUGCUUUAACUAACUGCACCCAACUCCAAGUUUUAUCUGUUAUUGGAAAUAGGCUUGGCGGUCAGUUGCCUGCAUCCAUUACGAAUCUGUCCAUAAAUCUCCUAGUUUUAGGCCUUGAAAAUAAUUUCAUUGCAGGAAGUAUUCCUCGCGACAUUGGCAAUCUCGUAAGCCUACAAACACUCCUGUUAAAAGAAAACCAAUUAACAGGUUUGCUUCCGGCCUCUAUUGGCAAGCUUUUACAAUUAGAGGAUUGUGAUCUAGGUUCAAAUAGUAUAUCUGGAGAGAUACCAUUUUCUAUAGGAAACCUUACUCGAUUAGACCUUCUAAGCUUGCUCAACAACAGCUUUGAAGGAACCAUUCCUCAGAGUCUUGGAAACUGUAGUUCUCUGCGGUACUUAUGGGUUGGGCCUAAUAAGUUGUUUGGGACUAUACCUCAGGAGAUUAUGCAAAUUAAGUCCCUUAUUUAUCUAGAUAUGUCAGAUAAUUCUUUGACCGGCUCUCUUCCAAAAGAUGUUGGAAGACUUGAAAAUCUUGUUGACCUGUGGAUUGGGAAUAAUAAAUUAUCCGGACAACUUCCACACUCUUUGGGAAGUUGUCUCUCCAUGGAAACACUUUUGCUGCAUGGAAAUUAUUUCUACGGAGCCAUUCCCGAUAUAAGAGGGUUGAAGGGUCUUAAAAACGUUGACUUAUCCAACAAUAAUCUCUCUGGAAGUAUACCUGGAUAUUUUGCAAACUUUUCUUCGUUGGAGUAUCUCAAUCUAUCCAUAAACAAUUUCGAGGGAAGUGUGCCAACAGAAGGAAAAUUUCAGAGUGCUAAUAUAGUUUCAGUAUUUGGAAACAAAAAUUUAUGUGGAGGCAUCAAGGAAUUAAAUCUAAAGCCAUGCUUUACUGAAGCACCAUCCAUGGUAUCAAAACGGUCCUUAUUUGUAAAGAAAGUUGUGAUCGGGGUCAGCGUAGGCGUAUCUUUUCUUUUGCUGCUGGUCGUAGCUUCAGUUUCUCUAUGUUGGUUCAGGAAAAGAAAGAAUAAUCAGCAGACCAAUAGCCCAGCUCCUUCCACAUUAGAGGCCUUCCAUCAGAAGAUGAGUUACAGAGAGAUCCACAAUGCAACUGAUGGCUUCUCUUCAAGGAAUAUGAUUGGCUCAGGAAGUUUUGGUACCGUGUUUAAAGCCUUUCUCUCUGCUGAGAACAAGUUUGUUGCUGUGAAAGUUCUAAACAUGCAGAGGCAUGGAGCAAUGAAGAGUUUUAUGGCAGAAUGUGAAUCCCUCAAGGACAUAAGGCAUCGUAAUCUUGUGAAACUAUUGACGGCUUGUUCUAGUAUUGAUUUUCAAGGAAAUGAGUUUAGAGCUCUCAUCUAUGAUUUCAUGCCUAAUGGAAGCCUUGAUAUGUGGCUGCACCCACAUGAAAUGGAAGAGAUUCAUAGACCCUCAAGAACGUUGACACUUCUUGAAAGGUUCAACAUUGCGAUUGACGUUGCUUCUGUUUUGGAUUAUAUUCAUGUUCAUUGUUAUGAACCUAUUGCUCAUUGUGAUAUUAAGCCAAGCAACGUCCUCCUAGAUAAUGAUUUGACUGCCCAUGUAAGUGACUUUGGUAUGGCUCGUCUUCUCCUCAAGUUUGAUCGGGAGUCCUUUUUCAACCAACUAAGCUCCACUGGUAUUAGAGGAACCAUCGGUUAUGUCGCACCAGAAUAUGGAGUGGGAGGAGAACCAUCAAUACAUGGUGAUGAGUAUAGCUUUGGAAUUCUGCUUUUGGAAAUGAUCAGCGGAAAACGACCAACUGAUGAGUUAUUUGGGGGAAAUUUUACUCUCCACAGCUACAUAAAAUCUGCCUUGCCAGAGCGAGUGUUGGACGUUGCAGACAAAUCAAUUUUUCACAAUGGUCUAAGAGUUGGUUUUCCUAUUGCUGAGUGCUUAACAAUGGUUUUGGAGGUGGGACUUAGGUGUUGUGAAGAAUCUCCGGCAAACCGACUAGAAACAAGUGAAGCUAGAAAGAAGUUAAUCUCAAUCCGAGAAAGGUUCUUUAAAGCCAGAAGAACAGCUAGACGUUGAAGUGUUUAUGAUUUCCUCCCCGGAUUUUAAAACCUACUUAAAAACUUAUUUCUAAUGCCUCUAAAAUAUCAUUUCAUAAUGUGUGGUUUUUCUCCUUUGUGUACUCACAUGGUUGCAGAAUAUUGUUAACGACUGCUUAUUAUUUGCAGAUAAAAGAUGAAUGUUGUGUUACUAGCUUUACAA